GUUAAGUACUCCGUAAUUAACUAUGGAGCAUAAUGGUCAGAAUUAUCUGGAUUAGGGUAUAGCUAAGAAAUGUUUUGAUCAUCUUGAUAUCGUAGGUGAAGAAAUGAGUGAUCAUCACUGUCAGUCCGACUCAUCUCAUCUCAUUCCUCCUUCUCCGAUCACCGGACCCGUCACCAGUAGCAGUGUUGUCGACCUCGAAGCCGGCGCGGGAGACCAAAUUCAGUGCCGAAUUUGCCUGGAAAGCGACGGUAGAGAUUUUAUUGCACCUUGCAGGUGUAAAGGUACUUCAAAGUAUGUUCACCGGGACUGCUUGGAUCAUUGGCGUGCUGUGAAGGAAGGAUUUGCAUUUGCACAUUGCACAACAUGCAAGGCUCCUUACCAUUUGAGGGUCCAUGGUGUUGCUGAUAGGAGAUGGAGGACUUUAAAGUUCCGGUUCUUUGUGACCCGAGAUAUUCUGUUUAUAUUUCUUGCAGUUCAACUUGUGAUUAAUUUUUUGGGCUACCUGGUAUAUCUAAUUGAUGCAUAUCAAAAGUCUUGGCUUCGCCUCGCUUGGGGAUUUGACAGUGAGCUAAGUUUCUACUACAUAUGUGGCGCACUCCUGUUUUUUGCUUUACUGGGCCUCUCUGGUUGCUUCAUUACCUGUUAUGACCGGAGAGUGCGGAAUGAUCUGGCUCAGCCAUGUCGAGAAAUAUGUCUUUGCUGCUGUCAUCCUGGAAUCUGUGCAGACUGUCAUUUGCCUGGCACACUUUGCAUGUGGACUGACUGUACCGCAUGCUUUGAAGGUUGUGCUAGUACUGCUAGUGAAUGUGGUGGCUGCUUAGGCGGUGCUGGUGAAGCUGGAUUGCCAGUUAUGUUUAUAAUGGCAUUGGUCGUGCUUGGACUAUUUACUGUGAUAGGUAUAUUCUAUAGCAUGCUAGUGGCUACAAUGGUCGGUCAAAGGAUUUGGCAGCGCCACUAUCACAUUCUUGCAAAAAGAAUGCUGACAAAAGAAUACGUUGUGGAAGAUGUUGAUGAAGAGAUGACAGGAUCCGAUUGGGCACCACCGCCUCUCCCGCCAGAGCAUGUUCAUCAGCUAAAAUCACUUGGACUUCUCUAAUUUUUUAGGGUUCCAAUAUUGGGUGUGGUGAAACAGUAGAGAGCUAACUGCGAGAUAAUUAUCCAACAGAUGAAAGAGAUGGUCUCUUUGUCUGUGAUUCAUCUGCAAUGUUGUUGUAAGAAACCUUAUCAAAUUCUUCUUUUAUCUGUCAUCAUACAAUUCCUAUUUUCUAAUGUUAUUUUCCACUUCACCUAGGCAAAGAAAAAUCUCGUUUCUUUGCACCUGGUCAAGGGAUCAUAGCAGGUGAGUUUGUAUGUAUGAUUAAUUUGUGGGCGUGUGUUUUGGUUGGUAUUUCACAUUGUGUUUAGUAGUGAAA